GGAGGCGCGGGAGGGAGUGGCCGCGGGAAAACAGCCUAUGGGUCGCUGCUUGCGACAUUGAGAGCUUCGGGGUGCGGUUCCGAUGCGCUGUGACGGAAUUUGAGAAGCCGCGACGCAGAAAAUCGGCAUCUCUGGGAAUACCCAGAGAGUCGUCUGAGCUGGUGGUGACAUGUUGUCAACAUGGAGAGAGAAUAAUUGGCACCAGGACAUGGAGAGCGCGGAGGAGGCAGAGUGCAGACAAGAACAGUGGAAACUCUUGGGCGGCCUGAAGACCACUGUGGAAGGGCUGCUGUCAACAAAUAACCCUAAUGUCUGGUCUAAGUAUGGAGGAUUGGAGCGUCUCUGCAAGGAUAUGAACAAGAUUUUGUGUCAUGGACUCCUGGAGGAUGAGGUAUAUUCACAGCAUAAAGAUUAUUGGCCAUUUAUAACUGAUUGCCACUGGCUCAGCCCCAGCCUUGUUCAUCAUACUGUGCAGAUGAUGGAGAAGGAUGCACAUUGUGUCCCCAGAAGUAAUCCACAGAAAGCACAGUACUGGCUCCACCACAGCCUUCAGUUCCAUUCUCUCUCAUCGCAGCUAAGAUCAUUGCUCAGCAAUUGUGAAUACACUAGGAAGUUUUACAAAGAUACUGCUUUUCUGUUGAGCAAUCCCCAUGUGACUGCUAUGUUUCAGUGUUUGGAGGCUGUGGAACAGAAUAAUCCUAAAAUGUUAGCUCAGAUUGACACAUCCGUGUUUGCAAGGAAGUGUAAUUCCCCAUUACCAGUGAUGAAAAGCCUAAGACUGACUGCUCUUCAUGGAACCAAGUGCAUGCCCUCUGCAGGGGAAUGCCAGACAAGGCUUACAACCUCAUAUACCAACCUCUUGGCUCAUUGUACUAACUUGAAUGUUUCAGGUGCUGCACCACAAGAUUUCAUUACUGUCAAUAAUACUCCGCAAGUGUUAAAGAAGAGGGCUAAUUUGACAUUUUUUCCCGAUUCAAUGGAUAAACCAGCGUUCGAUCAGUACUCUGGCAUCCACCAGUUUCGUGACAUCACUUCUAUGGAACCAUUUUCUCCAGUCAGUGAGACAACUAUUAGUACCCCAGUUAGUCAUAGUGAGGAUUCUUCAGCUGAAGUACAGGAUGAGGGAUCAAGUGAAAUGGAUGAUGGACCAGAGUAUUUGGCUAUUGGAAAUCUGGGACGGAGGGAUCGCGGUUCAAGCCAGUGCAGUAGUAGCUCCUCCUCUUGUUCUGGUGGUUCACAGACACUAGUUCCUUCUGCCUGGCAGGUUCCUAACAUCACCGUUAGCUGUAGUGAAUCUCUGCUGAAUCUUCCAAGAUGUUCCAGCUUCUCAGAAACCCAGAAUCUGGAACAACAGACUAGUUUCAAGAAGAGCCAUAGCCGAUCUCAUUCUGAUACUGGUCUAGCAACAACCAAGACAUCAGGGGACCUCCGGAAAAUCACUAUAAUAGUAGAGGACCCAGUGGAAGAGUCACACCUGGGAGUCAGAAACCUGAAGGAAAACUGUCCUUUCUCAGCUCGGAGUUGUCAGAUCAGUUCUCCUAUCUCUCCCUACCUGGAAGCUGAGGGUAUCCAUUGCGCACACAGUUCUGAUGGAAUGUUUCGCCGGCCAUCACAGGGCCAGUCUCUGAUCAGCUAUCUAUCAGAACAGGACUUUGGAAGUUGUGCAGAUUUGGAAAAGGAGAAUGCCCAUUUCAGUAUCUCUGAAUCACUGAUUGCUGCCAUUGAACUAAUGAAAUGCAACCUGAUGAAGAAACAGAUCAUGGAUGACGAAGACGAGGAUAGUGACAAAGAAAUAAGAGAACUAAAACAGAAAAUUCGUAUUCGACGUCAGCAGAUCCGUACAAAAAACCUCCUGCCUGGUUUGAGGAGCACUGAGUCAGACACCUGCACCACAGAAAGUGGGUCCCCUAUCAGCUCUCGUGAUUCUGCCCCAUUAUCAGAUUCUGGAUCUACUGAUGGAGUGGAUGAAUUCGAAUUAAAAGAUUGUAUUGAUGAGUCAAACCUCAUUCACAUGUCAGCGAAUGGGCUCUCAGCAUCAAUGGCAUCAUUGUUUUCAGAUGCAGAUAUUAGAAAGAGUUUGGCUUCAAGGAGCAAAUCAGCAAUCAGCUCAGAGUCCAUUACAUUCUCAGUCCUUCAUUCCAACUCAGCUGAGGCAGUUGCCAUGGGCCUGCUAAAACAGUUUGAGGGGAUGCAGCUUCCUGCUGCCUCUGAGCUGGACUGGUUGGUUCCAGAGCACGACGCUCCUCAGAAGCUUUUGCCAAUUCCAGACUCUCUUCCGGUAUCUCCCGAUGAUGGUGAGCACGCUGAUAUUUACAAAUUGCGAAUUAGAGUGCGAGGAAAUUUAGAAUGGGCUCCACCUCGGCCUCAAAUCAUCUUCAACGUUCACCCACCACCCAAGAGAAAGGUGGUUGUUGUCAAACAAAAUUACCGCUGUGCGGGAUGUGGUAUCAAAGUGGAGCCAGACUACAUAAAGAGACUACGGUAUUGUGAAUAUCUGGGGAAGUAUUUCUGUCAGUGCUGUCAUGAGAAUGUCCAGUCGGUGGUUCCAAGCCGCAUAUUGCGGAAAUGGGAUUUCAGCAAGUAUUAUGUCAGUAACUUUUCCAAGGAUUUGCUUAAUAAAAUAUGGAAUGACCCUCUCUUCAAUGUUCAGGACAUUAACAAUGCUUUAUAUCGAAAAGUGAAGUCUCUGGAUCAAAUCCAUAUGUUGAGAAUCCAGCUUGUUCAUAUGAAGAAUUUAUUCAAAACAUGCCGGUUGGCAAAACAACUCUUGGAUAGCUUUGACACAGAACCAGGUCACCUUACUGAGGAUCUUCACUUGUAUUCGCUAAAUGAUCUCACUGCUGUGAAGAAAGGGGAAUUGGCUGGUAGGUUGAAAGAACUUGUGAAGAUAGGAGCAGCACAUGUGGAGAGCUGCAUGCUUUGUCAGGCAAAAGGCUUCAUAUGUGAAUUCUGUGGUGAUGGCACUGAUAUCGUUUUUCCUUUUGAACUGCACAAAUGUAAACGAUGUGAAGAAUGUAAAGCGUGUUAUCAUAAGUCCUGCUUUAAAUCAGAUCAGUGUCCCCGCUGUGACCGGUUACAGGCACGUAAAGAACUCCUUGCCAAACAGACCAUAGAAUUCUAUUUGGAGUCAGAAGAUGAAGAGGAAUCGAGUUCACAGAGUACAAGUUGUGAUUGAGCAGGAAGACAGCAAACAUUAACAAAACUACUUGAAAGUUUGAAUUGAAGCAGUGUUGAAUUCAUGCACUUUUUAUUAGACUUGGCGCCAUAGGCUUCACCUAUACUAAAGUUAUAAUGAAAAUGCUAUUUAUUGCCUUCCAGGAAUGUAAACUUUAGUGAUGGUGUGCUAUUGAUCUAAUUGUUAACGAUGUACAUUUGUCCCUGAUGCUGAACAUUUCUUAUUUACAUGUUUUUAGGUGUAUUAAGUGUUUUUGCAUGAAUGUUUAAAGGCUGUUUUUGAAAGGAGGAGACAAUUAAAUCCUGAGCAGUUCUGGUAUUCUGUGUAUCAUACAACAAGUUGCAUUUCAAGAUUAGCUGAUAUUCUUGCCAGAAUGAGGGAGCUUUCAGUCGGCUGAGUAGUUAUUCUUGUCAUUCAUCUGCUUUCAUCCAUUUUCUUUCCGUUUUGGCUGAAGGCACAUACAUGGAGCUGUUGAAGAUGUACUUAAUCUAUGUAAACAAAAGUUCUCAUCCCUGGUAUUGUAAUAAAAUUUCCUAUGGCAUUGA